UGCAGUAAAUGGUACGAGCACAGUUGUAGUUGCUGUGAAGAUCAAGGAUCCACACACUACACUGUUCGAAGCUCUAUCUUAGUUUGGAUGCGGCCGUCCAAUUAUUAUUUGGCAGAUUUUGUUCAUUCCGUUCUUUCCCUGUGCGCCCACGACCACCCUGCAUGCUACUGUUAGGGCGCAGGUCAGACCGCGCCUGCACUCUCUGCUUUUGUCCAAAUUUGCGUCAGUAGUCCAAGUCUCGAGUAGUUCCGCGGUUCAUGUUAGUUGUUUGUGUCGAAUCUGCUAUUUAGGUAAACUUUGGACACGGGGUACUGCCAUUUGCAGUGCUUUUCAAGGCUUGCAGCUUUGUGGGUUCAAGAGGACGCGUAGUCGCUCCGGCGCUCUGAUACCGAACCGGUGUCGACGAUUCUGCAGCAGCAGCUGCGGCAGGCAAGAAUGGACCCGAGGCCGAUACAUCCCGGAGCCCCGCUUGGCGAUGACCAAACCGACAGCCCAUUCCUGCGGCGCCUUCGCCCCAAGCACUUGAUCCAAGAGGAAGAAGACGUGGCGGCUCUGAUGGACGCCUCGCGAACGCUGAAGCACACAGACCACUCCUUGACGGACCUGUCGAGCCCCGUGCGACGGCAACAGUACACGACGUUCUUCAACGACGUGGACGGCUCGGCGGAUCGGCUGGCGCCCGGAACGUUCGAAAAGCAGGAUCUGCGCAGGCUCAUCGACUGCUUGCAGGACUGGGUAAACGACACGCUGGUCAAGCGGCGCGUAAUCGUACGUGACCUGUUCCUGGAUAUUCACGACGGCGUGGUGCUGGAAGAGCUCAUGGACGAGCUGACUGGCGUGGAGGACAUGGGCACGAAACGUGCGGUGGGCGCAGUGCGUGGCAAGGCUUACGUUGCAGGCGUCCUGGCACGUCUGAACAAACUCCUGAACGUGGCGGACCAGCAGGACGGUGGCUGCAUGUGGACCGUGGAGCGCAUCUGGGGCAAGGAGGUGGUGGCCACCCUGUGCAUGAUGGUGGCGUUGGUGCACCACUUCAAGCCGCUCAUGACCCUGCCCGAUAACGUGACCAUCGAGGUGCUGAGCGUGAAGAACACGCGCGACAAGAUGCAGCAGACGGCGCAGCGUGUGCCGAUCACGGGAAACGAGCGAGCCCGCAUUACCGCCCUGCAUCUCGCGCAGGGCAGCGCCGAGCACAAUCGCGAGCUGGACGCGUUCGACAAGCUGUUCGUGCACGCGCCCGAGAAGGUGGAGGCCGUGAAGCUGUCACUGACGCAGUUUGCCAACCGCCACCUGGCCGUGCUGGGCUGGAACACGGGUAAGGAGUUGCCCGUGCAAGACCUGGCUCUGGACCUUCACGACGGCCUGCUACUCAUACACCUGCUGUCCGUGCUCGGCGGGUACUACGUGCCGAUCUGUGAGUAUCACCCGAAGCCGAUCAGCCAGCUGCAGAAGGUGACCAACAUGGGCCUGGUCUUCCAGCUGAUGGUCUCCGAAGGCCUGCCCGUGCGAGGCGUGCCGGACGAUGUCGUGAACCGCGACGUCAAGACGACCAUGCGCAUCAUGUACGCCAUCUUUUCCAAGUUCAAGCUGGCACCGGUACAGCAGGGCGUGGCAGGUGGCAACGGCGUGUAAGGUGUUCACUGAAUGAUAAUGUGAGUGUUGCCAUGGUGAGGAUAUCAGUGUGUUGGCAUGGUGAGGAUAUCAGUGUGUUUACAUGGUGAGGAUAUCAGUGUGUUGGCAUGGUGAUUAUACGAUAGGAUUCAUGCACAGUUUUGAAGACUGGUGGCAGCAAGACCUGUCGCACUAUGGUGCUCUUGAACAUAGGCAUGUAGCCACGGUUUUCAGCUGCGUACACGCACAUUCGUGUCUGUGUGCAUUUGCGCUUGCUCAUGUGCGAGAGUAUUCGCUCGCACUUGCAUACAGUCAUGUACAUUUAAAUUUUGGUUGACUUUACAUGUACAUGUACAUAUCUGGGCACCAUCUAACUGGUGCUUUAUUGAGAGUGAUGAUGCGCACAUCUAUCUGGUGCUUGAUGCUGCGUGGCUACAUGUACAUGUAUACUCAUCUUUCUUGGGUAUGCACAUUACCCUUUGACAACGCCACCCCGUGCAUUUGCUGUGUGUGUGUGUGUGUGUCGUGGAGCCGUCCAUAGUGAAUGCGUACAUACUCGGGCUUAUCUGCCGUCACGAAUAACUUACAUGAUCUUUCAAUCUUUACACUGUUCUGGGGUAGAUGACUAGCACUCGUGUUACCUUUCUGUGAGUGAACUCCUUGAGUAAAUUCAAGAUCAUGCUUCUGGUUUUCCUCUUUGAUAUCUUCUAUUAUCUGAAUGUGUGAGGCGCCGGUCUGGGUGCACUGGUGGUAAUUCAGGAAUUGGCAAGUUA